CACCUGGUGGAGCUGCUCACAGCCUCAGGGAAACAGCUGAGGCUUGUGGUGCUGUUUAAAGUUCCCAAUCAGGAAGGUGAUGAGUGCUGCAUGAGUGUGUGUGUGUGUGUGUGUGUGUGUGUGUGUGUGUAUUUUAAAGACAUGUUGGAGCUCAUUAUAAAAACGUGUCAGCUGCUGCUAAUUGAAACGUCACACGCCAGUAUGACAGGUGUGUGACGUCACUCCACGGUGCGUUCAGUCACUCACAAAGAAGCGCGCGCAGCUCUGCUGUCAAAUCUUUUUUUAUUUUAUUUUUUAUCAUUUUGAGCUGCUGUUCUUUUGGUACAAAAUGUCUAAAUGGACUUUAUCUCACUCGAACCUGUUAUGUAAGUUAUAUUAUUAUUAGUAGUAUUGUGUUUUUUAUUAUUAUACACUGCAGACUAAAAGACCAACAAAGGAUAGUUGGGAUGGACUUUUCCUUCAAUUCAUCUUUUUCCUCCUUCAGUUCGUCCGACAAUCCAGAAGAAGAGCAUGAGCAGUACAACAACGUGCUCAUGCCCAGCAUCUUUGGUGUCAUCUGCGUCUUUGGGAUCUUUGGAAACUCCAUUGUAAUCUACACCAUCAUGAAAAAAACCAAGUCCGGCUCCCAGCACACAGUACCAGACAUAUUCAUCUUCAGCUUGUCCAUCGCAGACCUCCUCUUCCUCCUCGGCAUGCCUUUUCUCAUCCACCAGCUUGUGGGCAACGGCUCCUGGUGCUUCGGCGGCACCAUGUGCACCAUCAUCACAGCGCUCGACUCCAACAGCCAGAUUGUGAGUACCUACAUCCUCACUGUGAUGACUCUGGAUCGCUACCUGGCGACUGUCCAUCCCAUCCGCUUCAAACACGUUCGGACCCCCUUCGUGGCCGGGGCGGCUGUAGCUCUGGUGUGGGUGUUUUCUCUGGUGUCCAUCACUCCGGUGUGGAUGUACACAGGACUCAUGCAUCUCAAGGAUGGAUCAGUCGGUUGCGCCCUCCUGCUGCCCAACCCAGCCACAGAUACAUACUGGUUCACCCUCUACCAGUUCUUCUUGGCCUUUGCUCUGCCUUGGGUGGUCAUCUGUGGGGUCUUCUUCAAGAUCCUCCAAAACAUGUCAGCUACAGUUGCUCCACUGCCCCAACGAAGCCUGAGGGUGCGGACGAGAAAGGUGACCCGCAUGGCAGUGGCCAUAUGUUUGGCGUUCUUCACUUGCUGGGCCCCUUACUACAUCUUGCAGUUGGUCCACCUUGGAGUACAGCGGCCCACCUUUGCCUUCAUGUACGCCUACAACAUUGCAAUCAGCAUGGGCUACGCCAACAGCUGCAUCAACCCGUUUAUCUACAUCGUAUUAAGCAAAACGUUCAAGAGGCAGUUUAUUGUAGCCGUUCGGCCGUCUCACAGGGUGUUCAGAGUCGCCCCCGCUCUGGCUGAUGGCAGCAUGAGUCUGAGGACGGCACCGGACAGCCUUCACCCAUCCCACUUGCACUCAUCAGGGGAACUACUUCAAAACAUGCUGCCUGUCACUGUGGCUGUGCACUGAGGUGGACAUUGAUCCGGUCAUCCACGAUCACUGCCAACCCACGGUAGCCAACAAAUCGCCACCUGCCACCACUGACUCCCUCACCAAACACGUGAGAGGUUUCCAAUCCAAAUGUGACUCUGUGCCAAAUGGUGUCUUUUGAAGGCAUGUUCAGUGUGAGUAAUAUAUUUAAUCAUAAUUUGCCAAAAUGUAAAAAAACGAACAAUGAGUGACCUCUUGUGUUUGGUAAAUUACAUGUUUAGAUUCAGAGAACCAACCAACCAUUCAACAAUGGAAAACAAAUUACACUGGGCUUACUCAUAAUUGAGCAUAACGAGUGACUGAAAGCUUCUUGAUGCUUUGCAACUCGAUGAAUCAUGAUUGUAUCUGUAUUAUAUUUAAUGUGUUUUUGAUUUGUCUUCAAAUGUUUAAAAAAAUAAACUAAAAGGAGACGUCUGUUGCACUUAUGCACCUCAAAACAACAUUUUUUCUGAUCUGAAUUAUUAUUUAUAAAUACGUCAUAUAUAUUUAAAUGUUUGUGUCAUCAUACUGUGUACUAGUCGUGGCUCUAAACAGAAACAACACUAUCUGGGCGACUCUUAAAUGUUGUAAUUUUAUCGAUGUCGUGGCUUUUAAUGGGCUGCAUGCAUAUUGAACAUCUGAAAUGUCAAAGUAAUUUCAUUCAUCAGUGGAACGCCAUUAAGGCUAACAAACAGCUCUAGGCAGUGUGUAUAGUAAUUAGGCAGUAUGUUAAAAAAGUGAUAUUACGCUGUAUUUAUGUGGCUGUGAUAAUGUGUGUCAUUUUUAUCAUGAUGGAAAUCUCUUUUCUGACCGACUGUGUGUAAAAUGUUACUCAAGGCUUUAUCGGGAGGUCAA